UCGAAAGCCUUCAAAACCCACGAAUGAGAGAAUCACACAGUUUCAUUUGCCGAACAGUAUCACAAGAAACUGUUGUUCUAAAGUAACCGAUCAAAAAUGCAUUGUCCAACUCCAAACUCAGGCGUGAGAUGCACUAUUGACAUGGUCCCGUGACACCAAGUUGAAGUUUUAGUAGCAUAAUAAAAGUACAUUGUGAUAACAUCCGAAGCCCGUGUCCGCACACUUUAACCUGCAUAUAAGGAGAGGAAGCCAACCGAGAAGGCCCAUUUGGAUGAAUUACGCGAGUUUGAGAGGCGCCAGCAACUCUCAUCUCAGUUGAUCAUUACAACCUCAGAAUUUGUGAUUUCAAGGCAUAAAACCAAAGCUCUCCCCCUCCAUCAGAUGAGAGAAGUGUGAAGAAGGUCACCCACCUCGACCAAAAGAAUGGUGCAAGUUUGGUAGCGAUGGAAGGAGGGGACUCUCUCUCUAAGAUGAUGGUACCUCCAAAAGACUGGUACAAUCUAGCUUAUGUGAUCCAUUUCUUGUUGGGUGCAGGCAAUUUGCUCCCAUGGAAUGCUUUGAUCACAGCUGUGGACUAUUUCAGUUAUUUAUACCCGGAGAAGCAUGUGGACAAGGUUUUCUCGGUGGCCUACAUGGGUUGUUCUUUACCCGUUCUGGUUGGUCUGAUAUGUUGGACUAAUAGGCCAAGCGUUAGACUGAGAAUGAAUUGUGGAUUUGCCAUGUUUGUUCUCUCUUUGAUCAUGAUGCCCAUUUUAGACUGGACUUAUAUACAGGGGAGACAAGGGUUAAGUGGAGCUUACAGAGUGACCGUCUCAAUGGUGGUCAUGUGUGGUGUAGCUGAUGGUGUCGUGGCAGGGAGUCUUAUAGGUUCGACAGGUGAGCUUCCUGAACGUUAUAUGCAAGCAGUAUUCGCUGGAACCGCAACCUCAGGUGUUCUUGUUUCCACUCUGAGGCUUGUCACAAAAGCUUCCCUACCCCAAACACCACAAGGCCUACAAGCGAGUGCUCACCUCUAUUUUAUCGUCAGCACAUCAAUAGUUCUUAUCUGCAUAAUAUGCUACAACAUCCUCAACAAGCUGCCCAUAAUGAAGUACUACAGAGGCCAAAAGAGCGUGGCAACUGAAACCCUCACUGGAAACUUCAAAAACCCAUGCCCUGAAGCUCCCAAACUGCCAACCCGCUCUAAUCUUAACACCAAUCCCAAACCUAAUUUGCUUACAGGGGCAUUCUGGGCAGUUUGGAGAAGAAUCCGAUGGGUUGCCUCAGGCAUCGUUUUGAUCUAUGUCAUUACUCUCUCUAUCUUUCCAGGAUACAUAACUGAAGAUGUGCACUCAGAGCUUCUAAAAGACUGGUAUGCCCUCUUGCUUAUAACCACAUAUAAUGUUUCAGACUUAGUGGGUAAGUCCUUGACCGCUCUAUAUGUUCCAAAGAAGGCCAAAAAAGCGGUAUGGGCUUGUGGAGCAAGGCUCUUAUUGUAUCCAUUCUUUGCGGCAUGCCUUCAUGGACCCAAGCUUUUCAGGACGGAAAUUCCAGUGACUACACUAACAAGCAUACUAGGGGUGACCAAUGGGUAUCUGACAAGUGUUCUUAUGAUUCUUGGUCCUAAAUCUGUACCCUUAGAGGAGGCUGAAAUGGCAGGGCUUGUAAUGGUUUUAUUCUUAGGUCUUGGUUUGGCAGGAGGAUCAGUUCUUGGAUGGUUCUGGGUCAUUUAGUUUCUAUAGUGUGGAUUCAGAAGCCCAAAGCUUCUGAAUUGAGAUGACUUUAUAUUCUAUCAUGUUAUGCUCAAAGUGGCGAAUUCAGCAGACUAGUAAAAAGCAUGAAAAAGGUGCUUUAUUUAUUUUGGUUUUUGUAGUGCUGUAUGUUGUCACUAAGCAACCUGCCACAAACUAUGUAUCAGAGACAGACUCGUAAUAUUUAAAAAAGAAACAAAUCGAGAUGUUCGCAA